GGCACAGAAAACUGGUUUUCUACGCGGUUUGCACUGUUGUUACUUUUUAUUUUCAGCUAACCAUCCAGAUGACCAGAUAAUGCAGUUGUUCAGUAGUUUCCACUCAAUCCUAAUUGUUUGCUGUGUUCUCUUAAUUGAUGGAACGCACUCGAAACUGAAUCUUAAAUAUGCCAUUUUGAGGCAAAAGCAAGCAGCAAAGGCAACGCAAAAUGACACUUUGGGUAUGGAUGUGGGAGAAAGUUUCUGCUGGACGAGCGUAUCAUGUCGAUGUUUUUGUUUAUGAAGCCCACCAGCAGAGAAUCAAAUAUGAUGCCCAGAAGACCAUGAAGGUGAUGUUCUACAAGAACAACACCAAAACCAUGGAGACUUCGGCCUACGACGAUGCCUACGAUCUCAGUGGCUCGGGUUGCUCGCCCACGGACAAGUUUGCCAUAGUUCUGCAUGGAUGGAUCCAAAGUUGUUCGGACGAGUGGGCGCUGUCGCUUAUUGAAAGACUCAGUUACUACCGCGGCGGAUGCGUGAUAUGCAUAGACUACAGUGUGGUCGCCAGUUCCUCGUACAUGCGGCUGUACACAAACUUUGACACCCUCACCGGCGCCAUAUCGUCCAUUAUCCUAACACUGUUCAGGCAGGGAUUCGAUCCAAAACGAGGCUAUAUGUUUGGCUUCAGCUUCGGCGGACAACUGGCUUCGGCGGUGGGAAGAUCCCUACGGCCACACCACAUUAUCGAGAGCAUAGACACGUGCGAUAUGGCCGGACCCGGGUUCGAUCCCAUUGCAGUCGACCACUCCAAGGCCGGCAAGCAUGUGCAGUGCUUCCACUCGAGCCGCGACAAGGGCACCUUCGUCUACUCCUGCCACCGCAACAUAAUGCUCGGCAGCUGCGGCCUCAAGCAGCCCUCGGUGGCCAGUCAGCUUCACCUGGGCAGCCAUGGUCUCUGCGUCGACAUAUACAUCAACACGUUCGACUAUCCCUUCUACGCCGUGAACUACACACCGCCGGAGUGCUUCACCUGGCAAAAGACGGCCAAGAUACCAGAUGGCUACACGGUGGGCUACGAGGAGAACUUCGACAGCCAGGUCACGGGGCAGAUCUUCGUGCCCACUAGCCUGCACUACCCCUACAACUUGUCCAAGAAACAGCUAAAGCUGCUGACCAAAGGCGGUGCUUGACUGAGUAUUGGGAGAAAACACUUGGUUCAAGAAUAGCAACCUCAGGAGGCUUAUGUUUUUUAAAUCAAAGUCAACCAUAUUCUAAUAUCAUGUAGGUUUAUUCGAGUUCAGCUCAUAUCGUUUGUAAUUGUUGUUUUUAUUUUUAUUCACCAAAAAUAUAUUUCAAAUCAAAUUUG